CAUAAUAAAAUACUACUAGAACCAUAAGGCCCUUAAAAUUUGCAUCCAAUGUAAAGUUAUUGUCUCUUUAAAUAGUAUAUAUAUGAGUGGCAAUUUCCAUAUUUGAUGAGAAAGUUGUUAGUAAUUAGACAUCAAUUCAAUUCAAUUGAGUAGAAUAGAAAUUAAAAUCAAAAUCGAAUCCCAAUGACAGCUUCAAAGCUUAUUUUACAUUGGUUAUCCCAAUCAAGAUCCCAAAGACUAGUAUGGUUAUUAGAAGAAUUAGAAGUUGAUUACGAGGUAAAAAUUUACAACAGAAUUGAUGGAGUUUAUUCACCACCAGAAUUGGUUGCGUUGCAUCCUUUAGGUAGAUCACCAGUUCUUGAAAUCAUCACCAAUGGUAAAACUAGAUACCUUGCUGAAAGUGGUCAUAUCUUUCAAUAUUUGCUUGAAAACUUUGAUCCAAAAAGAAAGCUUGCACCACUCAAUGAUGACGAUAAGGAAGAACUUGGCUUCUAUUUACAUUUCGCUGAAGGUACAUUGCAACCAGAUUUAGUUUCACUUGUCAUCCAUUAUAUCACUACGACUAAAGUACCAUGGGGAUUUAGAUUUCUUGUUAGUAUGGUUUUAGGCGCCAUUAAUAAAGGAUAUUAUGAACCCCAUUUAUUAGCUAGUUUGGAUUUCUUAGAAGGUAAAAUCAAAACGCAACAUGAAGCAGGCAGUAAAUACUUUUUAGGAGAAAAGGUUUCAGGAGCUGACAUGAUCUUAUAUUUUCCAAUUUACUCUAAUAUCUUUAGCGAUGCUGAGAGAUCUAAAUCGAUAUUUGCUACCAUUCCUUCAGUAUUUGAUCGUUUCCCACACUUAUUUCAAUGGGCUCAAGAAAUUGUUAAGGAACCAAAGCUCAUUAGAGCCAAUAAAAAGAUUGCUGAACUUGACCCAACCACAAAGAUUUGAUUUAUAUAUCUAGAUAGAUAUUAACAUAAAAAAAUGCACGAACCUAAUUUACUAAAUAGUCUAAACCCCACGUAUAGGUAGGAACCGAUUUUGCCUAAUUGGGCUUCUGUUAAAUCCUUACGAUUUAGUUCAACUUCCUCAUUAAGCUCUGAUUUUUCGCCUCCUAUGUAGCCCCGCAAAAAUUUUAUAUUUCCUAAUUAGGCAAUU